GCCACGAGUACUCACACAAUCGCUUCAAUCGCUCAUCUCGUUCUCAGUGGUCCCGCUUCUGUCCACCUCCAUUUCGUCCUCAAGUUCCUCCGACUCGGAUACAUCCUCCUCACUCACGCUAAUCCUCUGCUUUGAGCUGUAUGCCGAACUCUUUUGCCGAACCGUCUUUUUGGCGCUCUUUUUGGAUUUCGAAGAUUUCGAGCGGUGGGCGCCAGUGAGGACCGACUUGAUUCUCUUGGUACGGGAUCCAGACGGAUCGCGUUUGGCGGAGUUGAGCCGAAGAUAGUGAUACUGGUCAGGUACCUCAAGCUCACCCGAACGGUAUGCCUGACUGCGUAGAUUUUUCAUAUAUUGACGGAGAAUUGCAAUGGUGGCCCAGUCGUUCUCAUAGUCUUUGAGCAGGGGGAACUGUUCGUUUAACUGGGAGCACGCUUGGCACGCUCUCCGGUGGGGACGUCAUCCCAGGCUAGUGAUUUGUUGAUAUGAGCACGGUGAUACAUCUGGCGGCAACCACGCUGAGACAGCAUGAGCUCGUGAGCGUGUCUCGCCUGGUAAUAGGUCCAUCUCAAUCUCCAGGGUCCAUUUGUUACCCCGAGGGCGAGUGCGGAGUUUCUAUCGUGGGCUGCCUGCAAGGCCACUGCGACAACGAUUAUUAUCUGGUCAAACACACUUCGGGCUUCAACAUAUGCAUCACAUACCCUGCACCUCAGUAACGUCAACCAUCUCGGUGCCUUUGUCAUCACUAUUGUGCUUUUGUAGCAUGCUCCGGAGCUUGGCCAGAUCACGAUCUUUUUCUUCGUUUGCUGCUUUCUCUUGCCGCAACUGUUCUUCCUGCUGUCGGAGUCGUGCUGGAAUCUGUCAGUACCUGUUGCUCAAAGGAUGUGCAGUUCUCGACAUCAUACUUUUGCUCCAGAGCAGCCAGUGCUGCUUCGAGAAUCCUAGGGUCGUUCAAGACAUCUAACCUUCUUCGCAGAGUGCUUUGCCAUUGAAGGUGUGACAGAUUGAUGUCUCGGGUGCGUGGCUUUAGCUUGUGGGGUUCGUGGCUCAAGCAACGAGGCAAGGGAUGGGGUAACGGGCCGACGACUCAUGGUCAUUCAAACCAGUUGUGGAUGACGGCUGCGGUGGAUUGACCAGUAUUUUGCACCGAGUUUUUUCUUAUCUAAUACAUUCCUAUGAUCGAUCGACGAGACUGCUCACGUGCAGUACCCUCCUCUUUUCCGAAGUCAGCUAUGGGCCGCCGCAUCGCUGGUGUUCCUGUGCUCUGUGGCUGCUGUAACCAGUUUGUCUCUGUCCGUCGGGAACGUGAACACCGCAAACGUACUCUGAGUGCUCCAUACACGGUCCAAGCUCCUGUCUCAUUGCAAGGCAAACGGGACUUGUUUCGUUCUCAAUUUGACCGACAUUCGACUGCGGUUAUCCAAAUUGACACUAACUCUGGAGUGCUUCCUUUGAUGGAGGAUGAAGGUCUGGGGCAGGGUGCGAUAACAAAUGAGCUCAAUUAUACGUCAGAUCCUGCUUUCGGACCUGUUUCGCAAUUCCACGACCACCCAGCAGCCCUGCAUUGUAUUGCGCCGCCAGAGACGGCUGAGCCUGAAUAUGAGAAUGAGGAGACAAGUUUGCGGAGUGAAGAUAGCCUCGCGGAGGAUUCCGAAGAGGAGCUGUUCGAUUGGGACUGUUUUGCUGCCUCAUGCGAUUCGGUUUCGGGACAUCAUUCCCAAACUGCUUACAAUGAAGCGUACGAUGCACAAGCACACGCAGCACUGAAACUGAGCUGUGGAGACUUGGCACUAUGUCGAGCAUUCUCGUUCAAAGUUCAGAGUAACACAACUGACCGCAACUUUAUGAAGCUAGGCUUCGUGUUCCCCGAAUCUUCGCUGCCACCCAUAGGCACUGUCCGCGCUCGAAUCACGCAUUUGGCUGGCUUCAAGCCUGAAAUCUACGAUUGCUGCGUGAACUCUUGUGUCUGUUUUGUUGGCAGUCACGCCCAGCUCGAUCUGUGCCCUUACUGCAAUGAAAAGCGUCUCCGGUCCAACGGGAAGCCACGCAAGCGUUUCACGUAUAUUCCGCUCAUCCCACGCUUGGUUGCAAUGGCUGGAAAUGCAGACCUAGCGACAAAGCGUCAAUAUCGUGGCAACUACGAACAUGAGCCGGGGCAAAUGAAUGAUGUGAUGGACGGAACACACUACCGCUCUCUUCUCAUGCAGGAGGUCGAGAUCGAUGGCAAGCCCCUUGGUCACACAUACUUUGAGGACCCUCGUGACGUUGCAUUGGGUGCAUCGUGGGAUGGAUGGGGUCCAUUCAAGCGGCGGAAGAAGACGGCGUGGCCACUGAUCCUGUUCGAUUAUAAUCUGCCUCCUGAAAUCCGCUUCCACCUGCUCUAUGCCAUUGCACUCGGCGUCGUUCCUGGACCCAAUAAACCCAAGGACACAAACUCGUUCCUCUGGCCACUUGUGCGAGAGCUGCUUGAGCUAGCACACGGAGUUCCAGCCUUUGAUGCUCUAUCGCAGAAGCUCUUCACGCUCCGUGCAUAUCUGAUCCUUGUCUUUGGCGAUAUCCCCGCUGUCUCGAUGUUCAUGCGGAUGAAGGGUCACAAUGGUAUCGUGCCAUGCCGCAUGUGCAAGAUCAUAGGUGUCGCCAAUCCAAAUUCAGCGAAGAAGACUUAUUACGUGCCAUUACAGCAGGCCUGUGUUCACUCUGAAGGCAAAGCCUACGACGCUGCAAACCUGCCAAUGCGCACACAAGAUGAGAUUGUGAUGCACGGUCACCAAGCAGAGACAGCGG